CUCGUCCUCUGCCUUAUUCUGCUUCUGGGGGCACCGGAGUCGCCAGCCGGGGAGCUAAGGCCGCCGGCAGCGUCGGGCGUGGAAUCGCUGCUGGAGGAGUUCCGCCGCCAGCUGCAGCUUGAGAGGGAUCCCUCCGGCGGCCGCAGCAGUGAGCGGGAGGAAGCGGCCGGCCGCUGCCGAGGGGGGACUGAAGGGCCGGCCAGCGGCGGCGGGAGUUUCUUCUCGGUCAGGUCCGACUCCAUCAUCCGCACCAAGGACUCCAUCGCGGCGGGUGCCACGUUCCUCGGCUCCCCGGGCUCGGUGGCUGGUCCGAGGCAGUGCCUGGAUGCCUGCUGCGCCGAUGCCCGCUGCACUGCCGUCUUGCAGCAGCAGCAGCAGCAGCCGCCGUCGGCCUCGUCCCGCUGCUACCUCUUCAACUGCACCCAUCGCGGCCGCGCGGUCUGUGUCUUCUCCCCGCAGCGCGGCUACAACAGCUACUGCCUGGAACCCCUCAGCCAUCCUCCGGCUUUGGAAACUGAUGAGCCUCCUCUCAGCAAGGCAGGAGAAGAUAUUAUUCUUCAGCUACCUGUUGACUGGGUUAUCCUGGAUGGCCGAGAAAGUGUGGAUGACCAUGGAAUCACACGGUAUGAGUGGACAUUGCUUCAGGGUGCACCUUCAGCUGAUAUGCAGGUACCACAGCCAGGAACACUGAAGCUCUCUCAUAUGCAAGAAGGAAAAUACACAUUGCAGCUGACUGUGACUGACACAGCUGGCCAAAGAAGUUCGGAUAACGUCUCAGUGACAGUACUUCCAAUGGUUCAUUCUGAGUUAGGUUGUGUUGGGAAGUGUUCGCGUUACCAGUUCCUCUGUGACGAUGGCUGCUGCAUUGAUAUCACGUACGCCUGUGAUGGGGAGAAUCACUGUCCUGAUGGGUCGGAUGAAGCUUUUUGUCAGAAAUAUAAUUCAGGACAGAAUGCAAUAACUCACACAGAUACUAUUCAACAAAAUUCAGUUGAGUUAAUGAAAGAAGCCAACAAAGAACUUACAUUUGAAAUCACCCAGACAAGUACACUAAGCAGUCAAGCACUUGAACCAGAGAAAUUGAAACAAUCACCCUCUCAGGGACCAAAGAAACAAACUACAGGGUUUAUGCCAGAGCAAUGCUUGCUCCCCCCAGCCACUGGCUCAUGCAACAGACAUCUCCCUCGCUGGCAUUUUGAUGCUUUUUCAGGCACUUGCAUGCAUUUCAUCUAUGGUGGUUGCAAAGGCAAUGAAAACAACUUUCUCCAAGAAUCUGACUGUCUUGCUGAAUGUGUAAAAGUUCAUGAAUCCAGAAUCUCAGGGAAAGACACAGAUAACAAGAAUGACAAUGAUAUUGUGGUGUUGAAGAGCACUCAGAUUGAAAAGAGCCAUCCAGUCCCAGAAACAGGUGCUGUGCUUCCACUGGCUUUGGGGCUGGCCAUCACUGCUUUGCUGCUACUCAUGGUCGCUUGCCGAUUGCGGUUAGUCCGGCAGAAACUAAAGAAAGCGCGGCCCACUACAUCUGAGGAAUCAGAUUACCUCAUAAAUGGAAUGUAUCUCUAGAGCAGGAUUCAGGAUACUUUUUUUGCUGUCAAGCUUUCUCACAAAAGUGUGCCUCUUGCAUUUACACUUCUUUUUAAAAGUGAAAACUGGGUUACCGAAAGGAGCAACCACCUUCAAAAAAGACCUGUGAUAGAUAUAUACCAGUAUUUUUCAAAUUUGCAG